UUUGGUAACUUGCAACAGAAUAUGAACGGCCUCCCUCUGGAAGGAAUCCUGCAAAUGCAGGAUUAUCGGGAUUAUCAACCCUAAAAAUCCAUAUUUUGAUUUAAAUUAUUCCAGAGCUCUCCGUCGUUUCGGGCCUUUGAAGGAUUGCUGCGGGGCCCUCCUGCAGUCAAUUUUUACGCGGCCGCCGUUUCAUAAAUUUUCUGGCAUGACAGAUCAGACAAUCUCUAGAGUUUCCUGGAUCUCAUUCUUCUCGUGUUCAAUUUGAACCCUGUUUACGCAUUCAGGGUGAGCAGCGAGGGUAGAAUGGUUGUAUGAGGGCGAGGAGUGAGUUACGGAAGAGGAACCUGUGUAUCAGCACAUGGGAUUUCCUUCAGGAUGAAUUCCAUUCUUGCAGGUCGAAAUCUUGGUCGGAAAUUAGCGUUUGCUUCGUGGUCGCAGGUUCGAUUCUCCGUGUCGUCAAUGGAUAGAUCUAUGUCUUCAUCCGUUAAUCUUCUAAUCAUUUUUCUCCAUUCGCUUUUAUAGCGGGUCGAAGCUUUUCAGUGCAGUUAUUAGAAAAGCGGAAAUAGUAGAGGUUGCCGAUCGAUCGAUUGAUGGCAGCGGUGCUCUUUUACCAUGUCGUUGGAGACCUGACGGUAGGGAAGCCGGAGCUAGUGGAGUUUCCUGAGACCGCGAGCGUAGCAGAGGCCAUUGUCACCAUCCGAGAUUGCACAGAAUGCGGGAUAGCGGUUUGGAAGCAGCGCCCGCCGGAAAAAGGCAGCGGCCCUGAAUCGGCAGAGUUAAGGCAGGAAAGAUUCGUCGGCAUUUUGAAUGCCAUGGAUAUCGUAGCGCAUCUUUCGACAGAGUGGGGUUUGACGGACCCUGACGCCGCUUUGAAUGUCCCUGUUUCGCAGAUUGUCCUUCCCAAUAAUCAUCUUCUCAAACUGGUCGCCCCUGGAACCAGAUUGGCAGACGCGCUGGAGAUGAUGAAGCAGGGGGUUCGGCGCCUCCUCGUCCGGCGGACCGUAGGCUGGAAGGGCAUGAGCAAGCGAUUCUCCGUUCUGUACAACGGCAAAUGGCUGAAUCCAUCAAUGGAGGGCGAGGAGAGCGCAGAGGAGAAAUGGUGCUGCCUAUCAAGGGAAGACGUGAUAAGAUUUCUCAUCGGCUGCCUGGGAGCCCUGGCACCGCUUCCCCUGACAUCAAUCCAGUCUCUGGGAGCAAUAACCCCACACCCCUUCGCCCUCGACAGCAGGGCGCCCGCCAGAGAGGCGAUCAAAGUCCUCGGCAACGAUCCCCUGGCCAUUGCAGUGGUCGAGCAAAACGACGAUCAAGGAGGUGUUCGCAUUAUUGGGGACAUCUCAGCAUUCAAGCUAUGGAAGACGGACCAUCUGUCCGCUGCCUGGGCCCUGGCAAACCUAACUGCAGGGGAAUUCGUGAUGGGAGUGGAGGACAUUGUACCCCUGAGUGCCUGUAGGAGCGGGGACACCCUUAUCAAACUGUCCAACGAGCAAUCAUACAAUAAACUGAACACAUCCUCCUCUUUGAAACCAGAAAGCGGUGGAUCGAGCCUCCGUACCACCGAUGGGGGUCGCUGGAAACCCAAUCCUUUGUCGACUGUGAAGGAAGAAGAUGGCGGGUCCGGCUCCAUUAAGCCCAAGGGACCCGCCAGGAAGUUUUCGACCAGAUCUCUGGAUUUCGUGAACUUGUAUUUCGACUAUGGGGAUGGGGUGGUGGAAAGGAGCUCAAGCCCUAGGCCUUACAGAGGACGAAGUGCGCCGCUCACUUGCAGGCCCUCGAAUUCCAUGGCCGCGGUGAUGGCCCAGAUGCUGGCUCACCGCGCCACUCACGUUUGGGUAACAGAAAAGACAGAGGACGGCGAAUACGAGAAUCUGGUAGGAAUGGUUACCUAUGCCGAUAUUCUGACAGCUGUCACUAGGCCCCCUACUCUUCCCCUCCAUUCAAACUGAGUCCUGUAUACAUCUGUCGGUCACUAGGUCCCCUACUCUUCCACUCCAUUCAAACUGACUUCUGUUUAGAAGAUGAUCUGAUUUCUCUGGUUCUGAUUUCUCUGGUGUCAUAUCUGUCACCAUUUUUAAAUUAAUAUGGUUUUAGUUUUGACUGGACGUAAUGCUUAGUGCAAUUCUCCAGUUUGUCGGUUGAUGAGCGUGGAGGAGAAAUUAGUACUAAAAGCUAAAAAUCAACGUACCAUCCGAAACUUGCGUGCUUUUGGGAUUACUGUCUUUUAUAUAUUGUAGGCUUUCAGGGUGAAAGAUUCUGGAAUGUCUUUGUACCUACUGCAAUGUCUGUAUUGAGUUGUAAUUUAGAAAGCUAAUAUAGGGUUUAAUAUAGCUAUUAGCUAGAUGAAUAUUAUAUGGGUAGAUGAUGUUUGGAUUUAAGUUGGGUUUUAUUUAUAAUUUCACAAUUCUAUAAAAUAUUAGGAAAAUCCCUCUUUUAUUUAUUAAGCUUGUUUUGGAUUUUAGUUUUUUUAAUAUAGCGAUUAAUACAUGACAUCAUAUUUCUUAUGGCA